UCAUCCUCUUGCAUAACAGCAAGAUCGUCGUCGUCCUGCUGUGAAGGUCAAGAGUCAACCACAAUCAGCGCAAAACCGUGCAAGCAACGAACAACAUGUCUCCAACACCACUCUCGGAUAUCCUCCCCCUUAGCAUGCUCUACAAGACCGAGAAUCUGGCGCCCUCAUCUACGCCUUUGGAGACAUCUACUUCGCGCUUCAACGACAAGAUCUCCAUUGUACGCACCGACAUCACCACACUCGAAGUCGGCGCAAUCGUCAAUGCUGCAAAUGAAUCUCUUCUCGGCGGCGGCGGAGUCGAUGGAGCGAUUCACAGCGCCGCGGGUCCAGAACUUCUGAGAGAAUGCGAGACGCUCGAUGGCUGUGACACAGGCGACGCAAAAAUCACCGACGCCUAUGACUUGCCCUGCUCGAAAGUCAUCCACGCUGUCGGUCCAGUCUACUUCCGAACCAAGCGCGAAGGUACCCAUACUAGUCUCCUCCAGAGCUGCUAUACGCGCAGCCUCGAUCUGGCAGUUGACAAUGGUUGCAAGAGUAUUGCUUUCAGCGCUUUGAGCACGGGUGUGUACGGCUAUCCGAGUAUGGAAGCCGCCGAGACUGCCAUUCAGGCUGUGAAGCAGUGGCUGGAGGC